CUUGCCUUUAAGAUUGUAAGUUAUAUACUACUGAUGUCUGGCACUCCUGAGUUCAAGCUUCUUCUGGUUGGUGAUGGCGGUGUUGGAAAGACUACUCUUGUGAAGAGGCAUUUGACUGGUGAAUUCGAGAAGAAGUAUAUCCCUACACUGGGUGUUGAGGUUCAUCCCUUGAAGUUCAUGACCAACUGUGGUGAGAUUAUCUUUAACGUUUGGGAUACGGCUGGUCAGGAGAAGUUCGGUGGUCUUCGUGAUGGCUACUACAUCCAGGGUCAGUGCGCCAUCAUCAUGUUUGAUGUUACCUCUCGUAUUACCUAUAAGAAUGUCCCCAACUGGCAUCGCGAUAUCGUCCGAGUGUGCGAAAACAUCCCUAUUGUGCUCGUUGGUAACAAGGUUGAUGUUAAAGACCGUCAGGUGAAGGCUCGUAAUAUCCAGUUUCACCGUAAGCGUAAUCUGCAGUAUUACGAUCUGUCAGCUAGAUCUAACUACAACUUCGAGAAACCCUUCCUAUGGCUCGCCCGCCGCCUCACCAACCAGCCUCAGCUCGUUUUCCAGGGCGAGUUCGCUAAGGCGCCGGAGUUCCAGAUCAACCCUGAGCUGGUCGCUCAGCAUGAGAAGGAGCUGCAGGCCGCUCAGGACCAGGCCAUCGAUGAUGAUGACGAUGACUUGUAAAUGACGACGUCUUUUUGAGAGUGGUCGUUGAGGCCUGUCCUGGUGCCAUUAAUAGUAGAAGUGAUUGGUACUUGCAUGCAUAUAAGCGUUGGGACCAUUCGGUGAUGGUUGCCACUGAUGAUGAACCUAUUUGCGUUAUUCACUCCUUCUUGCUAGUAUUGGUAUCUCGUUAUGCUGCGGUGACUGCCACGUAUCUCAAAGACU